CCUCCAACACAUCAAGGAUUCUGGGCAUCUGCUCCCAGCAUUCAGCACCAUGGCUCAUCAAGGUAGCUACGACUAUGAGCACGUCAACCCCACAAGCCCCUAUGGCACACCAUUCGAUGGUACACCGUCAAUCAGCAGAAGACCUUCAUAUGACUACCAACCCUCUCCUGCUGCCAGCACUACCCGUCUGGUCGGUGGCCGUCCUGACAGCCAGACUGCUGGUGGCCUCCAACGCCUACGACCAACACUCGACAAGAACCACUCCACUUACUUCAAUGGCUCAUCAACCAACUUGGCCACCGAGAACGAUUACAUGAUCCCUGAAAGAGACUCCUACGAAGAUGACAAGUCCCCUUACAACGUGGACGAGGAGGAUGCUUCCACUGUGACUGGUUCGACCCCUGAGACCAAGUCUGGAUUCGACAACAGAUUUUCGACAACAAGUUCAUUCGGUCAAGUCUACACUGAUGCCGACUACGUUGUUCGUGAAAUCGCAAAGCACGAUGAUAUUGCUCUCAUGAAGCCCUGGAAGAGAAAGUUGCAUUACCUGGCUCCCGUUUUCACCAUCGCUGCAAUGGGCGGUUACUUCACCUACUAUGCUUUCCGUAUCUACUACACUGUGGACGCACAAAGAACAAACGGCACUGUUUACGCUAUGGCCUGGUUCUUCAUUGCUGCAGAAUUCCUCGUUGCUCUUCCCUCGUUCUUCCAUCAAAUGUACUCCAUGCUCGCAUUCAAGGGUCGCAAGCGACCUCAGCUUAGACUGGUUGGCGAGGCAGUUCCCACUGUCGACGCUUUCAUCACUUGCUGCAAGGAAGACGUUGACGUUGUCAUUGACACUGCCCGCGCCGCCUGCGAUGUCGACUACCCCCAGGACCGUUUCCGCGUUGUUGUUCUCGACGAUGGUGCCGACCCGGAACUGAAGAAAGCCAUGGAAGAUUUGAGCUACCAAUACCCCAACGCCUACUACUUCGCUCGUGUCAAGGUCAAGGGCCAGCCUCAUCACGCCAAGGCCGGUAACUUGAUCGGUGGCACUGACUUCGUUACCAAGCUUCCCGGUGGCCCUGGCGAAUACAUCGCUGCUCUCGAUGCUGAUAUGAUUCCUGAGAAGGAGUGGCUUCGUGCUCUUCUCCCUCAUUGUAUCCGCGACCCCAAGACCGCCCUCGCCUGUCCUCCCCAGCUUUUCUACAACGUCCCCGACAACGACAUGCUUGUUCAAUCUCUCGACCCCUUCGUUCACGUCAUGGAGCCCAUCAAGGACUCCCUGGGUGUCGCAUGGUGCACUGGCUCUGGUUACGUGAUUCGUCGUUCUGCUCUCGAAGCCAUUGGUGGCUGGCCUACCGGUACUCUCGCUGAGGACACUUUCACUAGUUCUAAGCUCCUCGGCAGAGGUUUCAAGACUGCUUACGUCCACGAGGGUCUUCAAUUCGGUACCGUCCCUGAUUCGUACACCGGCCAUUUGAAGCAACGUACUCGCUGGACUCUCGGUACGCUCCAGUCCGCUUUCCAGCAGCGCUUCUGUCUUUACGGUGAUGUCUGCAGAGACAUGACUUUCUACCAACGUCUUUCUGGUUUCGUUUUCACCGUCGAUGCUUUCUUCAAGAUUUUCCUCAUCAUCUCGAUUCUCGCCAUUCCCAUCGUCUUGGUUUCUGGUGGUAGAUUGGUCGCAUACUCGAACAACGACCAGCUUCGCUGGCAAGUUCGUCUCGCUUUCAUCUCGUUCUUCUUGAUGCGCCUCCAAGAAUACGUCAACUUCCUUCCUUCUGGUUACAGACUUGCUCUCCGUGACGGUGGUUCUAUGCUCUGGAUGGCUCCAUACCACGCAAAGACCGUCCUGGUCUCUUUCCUUCUUCCCAGCUGGCUCGGCGGUAAGCCCAUGGCUUUCACCACUUCUGGCUCGAUUAAGGGCGAUAUCCAAGAGCGUGACGGUGCUCACCGUGCCCACGUUUUCCGCCGCCUGAAGGUCAUUCUCUGGGACUGCUCUGCCUACCAGCACUUGCUCUACAUCCUGUUCGUCGUUGCCGCCGUCACUCUCAGCACUGUUCGCGCUUUCAUGGACAACGACACGGCUCAGGACAAGCUCAUCUACCUUUUGACCCACGCCAUGUUCCCUCCCAUGCUCUGGUUGAUUUGCUGCACCGCCUUCGCCAUUCCCAUCCGUUACGCUCUUCACCCUCCCACCAUGCCCGACCGUGAGGAGCUGCUCGACAGAGACCCGAAGACCGGCGUCGCCCACCCCAAGGAGUACUGGAAGAGCCAGCGCUGGGGCAAGAGCCACUUCUGGCACGAGUUCGAGGUUCUCUUCCUCGUCGCCUACGCCAUUUUCAUUUUCGUCAUCACCUUCAUCAUCAAGGACUCUCAACUCGAGGAGUAAACGCAUUUCCUACAAUAUCACGCAUUUGCACUCGAUUUACUUUUACUUUCUUUGGGUUACUUCUUUUCUGGAGCGCUUUGCAUUUCCUUUCGUCUACCUUUUGCAUAUUUGAUAACCUUCAAAGUUCUGGUUUUUUCAAGGAACGGCCUAUACUAAUGCUGUCUAGAAGGAGAGAGGGAUAUUUGGAGUUUUUUUGAUAUGGCCACCCUCUCGCAAGCAUGCAUGCAACACAUGACAAUAUUAUUCCUGUACAUAGC